AUGGCGUCAGUUCAAGUAUUCGGUGCCUUCAUCACCCACGAAAGUGAGCCUCCCAUCGUUGUCAAUGGACCUGCCCCCGUCAUCCAUCGAGAUAACAUUACCGCUGUGCCGCCCACCGAGUAUGAGCUCGAGGAACUACAAUGGGGCAGACGCUUGAAUGGACCACACAAAGCUCUCUCUCGCGAUACCUCGCCGGUCAAGACUCCUGGCGAAUUGGAACGAAGUCAGCCUCCUACGCCAAAACAAGAUCAUGCCGUUGAUGCUCUCGUCCAGUCUAUUUCGAAUCCACCCAGAAAUCGAUGGCGGGUGGCGGCGGCCACUGUCAUGUUCUUUCUGAUGGGCAUGAAUGACGCCGCUACUGGUGCUCUGAUCCCAUACCUCGAAGAAGACUACCACAUCGGAUACGCCAUUGUCUCUCUGAUUUUCAUUACCAAUGCUCUGGGUUUCAUUACCAUGGCGCCAGUCAUUCAACUUAUCGAGUCUCGCCUCGGCCGAACUCGCUCUUAUAUGAUUGCAACCUCGUUGAUGAGUAUCGGUUACAUAGCCAUCGUCUGCUCGCCACCAUUUCCUGUGGUUGUGCUGAGUUUCUACUUCCUCGGUUGCGGGAUGGGAUUGUUUCUGGCCAUGACCAACGCCUUCAUCGUCAACUUGCUCAAUGGAACGGUCAUCCUUGGCUUUUGCCACGGUUUAUAUGGAUUGGGCGGCAUCGUAUCUCCUCUCAUUGCUACAGCCAUGGUUUCAAGCGGCAUCCACUGGGCGCAUUUCUACUUCAUCUUGCUCUCAAUAUCCUUGAUUUCUAUCCUGUGCAUGGGCUGGUCCUUCAGAGGCUUCGAAAAGGACGCCGCAGUCCAGCUACUUUCGUCUCUCGAACGCAACGCUUCACGCCAAAGUGAACUCACCAGAGCGCAGGUGCUCAAAAGGGCCGUCAGGAACAAGACAACGCUCCUUGGAGCCACCUUUAUCUUCUUCUAUCAAGGUGCAGAGGUGGCCAUUUCGGGCUGGGUCAUCUCUUACUUGAUUCAUUACCGCAAAGGCGAUCCAUCGCAUGUCGGUAACGUCACCUCUGGAUUCUGGGGGGGCAUCACGGUUGGCCGUUUUGUCUUGACCCAUUUCGCCCACAAACUCGGGGAGAAGGUUGCUGUCGCCCUCUUAAUCGCUGGAGCUGCGGUCUUUCAACUUCUAGUCUGGCUUGUACCAAGCAUCAUCGAAAAUGCCCUGGCCGAAUCCAUUGUCGGCUUGUUUCUUGGACCAAUCUACCCAUGUGCCACCGCCGUCUUUGCCAAACUCUUACCCAAGAGCAUCCAAAUCAGCAGUCUGUCAGUCGUGACGUCGAUGGGGAGCUCUGGCGGUGCACUAGUGCCUUUUAUCACUGGCAUAUUGUCACAACAAUUGAGCACGGUCGUCCUGCACCCGGUAGUUUUGAUUUCUUUUGCGUCGAUGACAGUUAGCUGGGCUCUAUUGCCACGCAUUGGGAAGAGGACGGAGUGA